AUGUCUAGAGUUUAUGAGUACCGGGAGAGUGGUCUCGGCUUGGAGGUGUCCGGCCUGGAUGAUCAGGGCGCCAGGGUGAUGGCUAUCGUGCCCGAUGGAGGCCUGGCCACGACGGUGCGUUCGUCCUUCGUGUGGCCCGUGCCGGAAGGCUGGAGCCUGCGGGAGGCGGCCACCGCACCCGUCGCCUACGCCACGGCGUACUACUCGCUGGUGGUGCGGGGCGGCAUGCGGCCAGGACAGAGCGUGCUGGUGCACGCGGGCAGCGGCGGCGUGGGGCAGGCCGCCAUCGCCCUGGCCCUGCGCGCCGACUGCUUGGUGUUCGCCACGGCCGGCUCGCGCGAGAAGAGGAGCUUCCUCAAGAGCAGGUUCCCGCAGCUGGGAGACCACAGCAUUGGCAACUCCAGAGACGAGUCGUUCUACGUCAUGGUGAUGACACAGACGAACGGACGUGGUGUGGAUCUCGUGUUGAACUCUUUGGCAGAAGAAAAGCUUCAGGCUUCUGUUCGGUGCCUUGCUGAGAAUGGCCAUUUUCUAGAGAUAGGGAAGUUCGACAUGUACAAUGACAAGUCUAUUGGCCUGAGGGUUUUCUUGAAGAACAUCUCCUUCCACGGAAUCAACCUGAUGAAGGUGAUGUCGAGCGACCAGCACGCCCGCGAGCAGCUGCGGGCUCUGCUGUCGACAGGGAUGAGAGAGGGCGUCGUAACUCCACUUCCAUCGACGGUGUUUGAGCGCGACCAGGUGGAAGAAGGGUUUAGGUACAUGGCCACGGGGAACCACAUCGGCAAAGUGCUCAUUCGGGUGUCGAGCGAAAUCAAACCCACAAGAGGACUUGCACAACCCCGACUGGCUUUUAGCCCUGAGGAGUACAUCAUCGUCACAGGCGGGCUGGGUGGCCUGGGGCAGGAGCUGUGCGGCCUGCUGGUGGAGCGCGGUGCGCGCCACCUGGUGCUGUCUUCAAGGCAAAGGCCCGCCUCGGCCCUCCAAGCGCUUCGGCUGAGGCGCUGGCGGGAGGCGGGCGUCGAGGUGCUGGUGAUACCCGCAGAGGAGGACGCCGAGACGCUGGUGCGCCGUUGCCGCGGGCCCGUGGUCGCCGUCUUCCAUCUCGCCGCGGUGCUGCGCGACGGACUGCUCGAGAGCCAGACGGCGAACGCCUUCGCCGAGGUGUGGUUUCCCAAGGCCUGGCUGGCGCGGCGCCUGGACGCGGCGACCCGCGACCUCUGCCCCGGCCUCAGGUUCUUCGUGGCGUUCUCCAGCGCUGCGUCCGGCUUCGGCAACCCUGGCCAGGCAGCCUACGGACUCGCCAGCUCUUCGGUGGAGAGGCUCGUGGAGAGGCGCGUGGCCGACGGGCUGCACGGGCUCGCCGUGCAGUGGGGGCCCGUGGCCGACGUGGGGCUGGCCGCCGACCUGCCGGCCCCCGGGGCGGCGCACCAGAGCGUGGCCAGCUUCCUGGCGACCCUGGAGGCGCUGGUGUCGUCGGGGCGGCGAGGCGUCGUGACCAGCGUGGUGGCAGCGGCGGCCGGCAUCCCCGGCGGCGGCAGCGGGGACCAGCUGCUGCUCACGCUCUCCAAGAUACUCAAUGUUACAGACGUGCGGGAGUUGCCCCCGCACGCCACGCUGGCCGAGCUUGGCGUCGACUCGCUCAUGCAGGUGGAGAUACGCAUGGGCAUCGAGCGGCACUCCGGGCUGGCGCUCUCCCACGCCGAGACUAGGAACCUCACCGUGGAGAGAAUUCUGUGCCUGGCGGGCCGCGCUCUCUCCGAGGUGCCCGUGGAAGGAGUCUCGCCGGAACAAGAGGAGGCCCGUCGCUUUGUUGCCCUCAUGCAGCUGGGCGGCUCGACCACGGCUGCCUUGCCGCUGCCCCGCGACACGACGGUCCACCUGGGCCCGGCCGCGACGGUCCCAGGGGAACGUCGGCCACUGUUCCUCGUGCACCCGGUGGACGGCCGCGCCGACAGCCUGCGCGAGCUCGCCUCAAGCCUGGACCGGCCGGCGGUGUGCUUCCAGUUCAGCCACGAGGCGCCGCGCCAGUCGCUGUCGCGCCUUGCCGCCUUCUACAUCCAGAAGCUGCGUCAGCUGCAACCGACCGGGCCGUACCUGCUGGGCGGCUACUCCAUGGGCGUGAUGGUGGCCGUCGAGAUGGCCCUGCAGCUGGAGGAGGUGGACGGCGCUCGGGCCCACCUGGUGUCCCUGGACGGCCUGCCCUCCAUGGAGAAGCUGGGGCGCCCGCACGUACUCGCGCGCAUAGAGGCGCGCUACCUGCUCAGCGCCGCGCAGACCCGCUGUCCCGAAGUUGACGCCGUCUCGUUGGAGCGUGAGCUGGCGUCGCGAGACUCGUGGGGUCCGCGGCUGGACCGCUGCCUCGUGGCGCUGGCUGGUCGCCGCGUGUCCGCGGCGGAGCUGGAGGAGACGCGGCAGUCCCUGGAGGCGUUCCACUGGCGCGUGGAAGCGUGCGCCCGGCACGAGCGCCGCCGCGGCGCCGCCAUCUGCGGCCACGUGCUGGUCGUGGUCGCGGAGGAAGGCCUCGUAAGGGCCGAAGACGACCCGGACUCGCGCUUCAGCGAGGUGUCGACUGGUCGCGUGGACGUCGUUCGCGUGGAAGGCGGCCACGUCAGCUUCAUCUGCGGUGAGGCCCGCUGCUCUGUGGUGGCCGGCCACAUCAACAGUUGGUUGGCCGCCCUGGAGUAG